AUGUCUCAGCUCUUCAACAUCAUUUUUUUGUGUUGUUGGACGCCAUUUGCGACUUCAUUUUCUUUUGACAAAAUCCUGAAAGGGUCGCGGGUUGAAUUUGAGUCGUCUGCCAGUGGUCCAGUUGAGCCUGUGCAUGGAGCGGUCAAGGUUGUGCAGCUGGAGCCACACUUGGUAGCCCAGUCUGGGUUCUUUAGAAGAACAAUGAACUCCAGACGGGCUCCUUCUGGCAGCUCCAGGUUGGCCUUGCCCACGUUCUUGUCUCAGGGCCGUCCUGGACCAGCCUUUCGGGGCCUUUCGCAUCCUCUGCAGCACCUUCAACCAAAGAUUUCUGCUGAGCCAGAGCUGAAGAAGAAGCAGGGUCUGCAGAUGUGGCAGCGAGCGAUUGAGAAAGGAGAUAAGAUCAGCUCGUUGCUACCUAUUCGACUCAAGGACACGAAGCAGACGUGCAGCGCUGUUCCCUUCACUCAGCGUGUGACAGCACCGGGAUGCGAUGCUGUGACGGUGCACAACAACCUGUGCUUUGGCCAGUGCAGCUCCCUCUUCGUUCCACCUGAAGGAGAGUUUGGUUUGGGAGCCCACCGUCGCAGCCCCUGCUCGAGAUGCGCCCCAUCCAAAGUUCACACCGUGACAGUUCCCCUGAAAUGUGGCUCUGUCAUCCGCUCCAGAAAAGUGAUGGUGGUGGAAGAAUGCAAAUGUGAGACAGGACGUGAAGAAAACACGGCGACUGCACAUUCAUAGACGUCUCUCUUUAAAUGUUUUUGUCUGUCUAUUUAA